CGGUGGGGCAACUGACGGACCCCCCCCCCCAAAGUCUGUGACGUACUGUUUGCCCACACCCGCUUUUUCUCACCGGAACUUCUCCCCCCACCGUCACACAAGUUAUCUUACCUUAGGAUCGUUCCGCAAGCCGCCGUUGCCAGCUCUUUUCACUCUCAUCCAUCAUCAAUCUCGCCCCUCAUCGAGUAUAUCGCUCAUCCCAUCCCCCGCGUGGAUUGGAGCUACAACCUUCACAUCAACUGAUUUCGUCGUCAUCGACACGAUGGCUACCCCCCAAGCUCCCGUGCAACCGCCCAAGAGACGCCGUAUCGGUGUCCUGACCUCCGGUGGUGAUGCUCCUGGUAUGAACGGCGCCGUUCGGGCGGUCGUCCGCAUGGCCAUCCACUCCGACUGCGAGGCCUACGCCGUCUUCGAAGGUUACGAAGGUCUGGUCAACGGCGGAGACAUGAUCCGUCAAGUGCACUGGGAGGAUGUCCGCGGCUGGUUGUCUCAGGGUGGUACCUUGAUCGGCUCUGCUCGCUGCUUGUCCUUCCGCGAACGCGCCGGUCGUCUGAAGGCCGCUAAGAACAUGGUCCUCCGUGGCAUUGACGCCCUGGUCGUCUGCGGUGGUGACGGUAGUUUGACUGGUGCCGAUCUCUUCCGCUCCGAAUGGCCCGGUCUGUUGAAGGAAUUGGUGGAGACGGGCGAGUUGACCCAGGAGCAGGUCAAGCCAUACAAGAUUCUGAACAUUGUCGGCCUGGUCGGAUCCAUCGACAACGACAUGUCCGGCACUGAUGCCACGAUCGGUUGCUACUCCUCCCUCACUCGUAUCUGUGAUGCGGUGGACGAUGUGUUCGAUACGGCGUUCUCGCACCAGAGAGGCUUCGUCAUCGAGGUCAUGGGACGGCACUGCGGCUGGCUGGCCUUGAUGGCUGCUAUCAGUACCGGUGCUGACUGGCUUUUUAUUCCCGAGAUGCCUCCCAAGGAUGGCUGGGAGGAGGACAUGUGCUCCAUUAUCACUAAGAACAGAAAGGAGCGCGGAAAGCGGAGGACCAUUGUCAUCGUGGCAGAGGGAGCACAAGACCGAAACCUGAACAAGAUCUCGAGCUCGAAGAUCAAGGAUAUUCUGACCGACCGUCUGGGCCUGGAUACUCGUGUCACGGUUCUGGGUCACACCCAGAGAGGUGGCCCGGCUUGUGCCUACGAUCGCUGGCUGUCCACUUUGCAAGGUGUUGAGGCCGUUCGCGCUGUGCUGGACAUGACGCCCGACUCCCCGUCGCCCGUCAUCACAAUCCGCGAGAACAAGAUCAUGCGCACACCCUUGAUGGACGCCGUGAAGCUCACCAAGACUGUCACUGCACACAUUGAGAACAAAGAGUUCGCCCAGGCCAUGGCUCUUCGCGACUCGGAAUUCAAAGAGUACCACUUCGCCUACAAGAACACCUCCACCCCCGACCACCCGAAGAUGCUGCUACCAGAGAACAAGAGAAUGCGCAUUGCUAUUGUGCACGUCGGUGCCCCCGCCGGUGGUAUGAACCAGGCCACCCGCGCCGCUGUCGCCUACUGUCUGACCCGCGGCCACACCCCCCUUGCCAUCCACAACGGCUUCCCCGGUCUCUGCCGCCACCACGCCGAUACCCCCGUCAGCUCCGUCCGCGAGAUCAAGUGGAUCGAAUCCGACAGCUGGGUCAACGAGGGAGGAUCCGACAUUGGAACGAACCGCAGCCUGCCUGGCGAGGACCUGGAGACGACCGCCAAGUGCUUUGAGAAGUUCAAGUUCGAUGCGCUUUUCGUUGUGGGUGGGUUCGAGGCCUUCACUGCCGUCAGCCAGCUGCGCCAGGCGCGCGACAAGUACGCGGCGUUCAAGAUCCCGAUGACCGUCCUGCCGGCCACGAUCUCGAACAAUGUGCCCGGAACCGAAUACUCGCUGGGUAGCGACACCUGCCUCAACACCCUGAUCGACUUCUGCGACAUCAUCCGCCAGUCGGCCUCGUCCUCGCGUCGUCGUGUGUUCGUCAUCGAGACCCAGGGUGGAAAGUCCGGCUACAUUGCCACGACGGCCGGUCUCUCGGUCGGCGCAGCGGCGGUGUACAUCCCCGAAGAGGGCAUCGACAUCAAGAUGCUAUCGCGCGACAUCGACUUCCUCCGCGACAGCUUCACGCGCGACAAGGGCGCCAACCGCGCGGGUAAGAUCAUCCUGCGCAACGAGAGCGCGUCCAACACCUACACGACGCAGGUCAUCGCCGACAUCCUCAAGGAGGAGGCCAAGGGCCGGUUCGAGUCGCGUGCCGCCGUGCCCGGCCACUUCCAGCAGGGUGGCAAGCCGUCGCCGAUGGACCGCAUCCGCGCGCUGCGCAUGGCCACCAAGUGUAUGGUCCACUUGGAGAGCUACGCGGGCCGCACGCCCGACGAGAUCGCCAAGGACGAGAUGUCUGCGUCCGUGAUCGGUGUCAAGGGCUCGGAUGUGCUGUUCUCGCCCAUGGGCGGCGAGAACGGGCUGGAGGCCACCGAGACCGACUGGUCGCGCCGCCGUCCCAAGACCGAGUUCUGGCUCGAGCUGCAGGACACCGUGAACAUCCUGUCUGGCCGGUCCAACAAGGCCAAUGCCGCGGCAUGGACGUCUUAUUCCGAGGCUUGAGGACUGCAUGGCUAGACGCUAUGAGCUAGAGCUAGAAGACACGUGAGCGGAUGAAGCUACAUGAGCUACGAAGAAAAGACGGAUACAGAAGAGUUUCGAGCGGGUUACGCAUGUUAUGGAUAAUGAUGACUGGUAGUUCGUUCAAUUCAUUGACUUACUC